CAUACCUUAUGAACUUUGAUCCUAAUCUCAAUAAUUAAUAAUAAAUUUUUAUCUGCAGAUAUAAAAAGUUGAGUUUGUUGCAAAGUAUUUGCAACUAAAUGUAUAAAACUCUCAUAAAUCAGCAAUUGAAAAAAUGAAACAUUAGAUGAAGAUAAAACCUGAAAGAGGUUUCAUAUGAAUUUUUGAGUUCUAUUUUAUUGAUGGAACUUCUAAAGUCAUUUUAUAUCUGAUUUACUUGAAUAAAAAUUAGUUCAAGUGUAUUUUCAAAUCUAGGUGCUACAGUGCUUCAAGUAUUAAUAGUUAAUGAGAAUGGCAGAAAUAAUCAAUUUAUCAGAUGAUGAUGAUGUGGUAUGUGAGCAGAGAAUCACCAAUCCGUUGGCUGCUGCUGAUCCUCCCAAACUGGCUCGGUGCCUCAACUCUGAAUGCCACUCACGGGAAGGGUUGCGAAAAGCCCCUGCAGCAGCUAGACGCUUCUAUGGAGUUCUUGCUUAUCCCAAAAAAACAAGGAUCUGUCUGCCAUGCUUGGCGUGCUUUUCCUUGCAUCAACAGAAGCUUAUUGAAAAAGUCAGAAAUGGUGAGAACAUCAUUCUUAUCAACAAUGAACCGCAACGAGACACAGUGCUUCUCACAGACUCCGAAUCUGAUCCAGAUGAUGUUGAAAGUGAAGAGUCUGUAUUGGAGCUGUCAUUGUCAGGGUCUGAUAGUGACAAAGACUCAGGAGAUGCAGAGCAACCAGACAGACUGAAGCGUAUGCUAGAGAAUAUGGUGGAUUCUCUUGCGCUCAAGAAGCAUGUCGAUGAAGGCAUUGAGAACGUUACGUCUAGAAUAGCUAAAGCUGAAAAUGGCCUCAAAGAGAUGGAUGAGGAGUACAACAAAAUUGAAAAAGAACUUCACAGCAUCAGAUGCUCCUUCUAUGAUUCUUUUAAACCAAAGAUCAAGCUGCUCCCAGAGGUGGACGUAGACAACAAUCCUGGGCUGGACGACCAGGUGCACGUGGUUCCCUCGGAGCAUGUCACAUGUCAAGCAUCGCUGCCGCCCGUCGCUCCUCUAAUGCGGCCACAGCUCGUACCUGGGCAGGCCGUCUAUGCCAUGAGGCUCUCGCUCUUCUCGCGCUGGGUGCCCGCUGUCGUUGUCAGUGUUGUCCAUAAGGAAGAAAAUAACACUCGGUACAUGGUGCGCUACAACCGCUUCCAAGCCGAAAUGAAGGAGCUGACGGGCAGACAACUUGCCUAUGAAUACCAGUGCGCGACGAGGCUGGUGGUGGGAACGCGGGUCAUCGCUCGCUUCAGGGAUGAGGAGAAGAACGGCCGUAAGGAUGACCAAAAGAACGGCCGCCAUGACACGUCCUCGACCAAUGGCUUCUAUGUCGGCAUUGUGGCUGAGGUGCCAACUGUCGCCAAUAAGUUCAAAUACCUGAUUUUCUUCGACGACGGUUACGCGCAAUACGUCCUGCACCAUCACAUCAGAGUUGUGACGGAGGCCUCAGCUCAGGCAUGGGAUGACGUUUGUUCUGACUCCAGAGCUUUCAUCAAAGAAUAUGUUCAAAUGUAUCCUGAACGACCGAUGGUGCGCCUACAGAAGUGGAAUAACGUCAAAACAGAGCGCAAUGGUAAAUGGUGGCGAGCUCAGGUAUUGGAGGUGGAAGGAUCCCUGGUGAAGAUGUACUUCCCGACCCACGAGCUCAGUGAAUGGAUCUACCGAGGCUCGACGCGCCUCAGUCCGCUCUUCCAGAAGAAGAUGAGCCUGCAAGCCAACGCCGAGCAGCACUCGCGGCUCACCGUUAGGAGACGAGCCAUGAUCCCGGGCAGGCAAGCCGGCCCCGUCGUAGAGUACUGCACCUUCGGGCAAGAAAGCAUCCUGCCGACUCCUCUAGGCAGCAGCACAGUAACUCCUCGCGAGAAGUUUACGCCUCAGUCAGUGACUGCUGCCAUCUCUCAUCCUCCACCUCCGUUGCUUCUCAAUGCCUCCUUCCCCAGCAGCCUCAUAUCCACUCCAUCUGGUAACAGCUCGCGUGUUUCACUGCCAACACCAAUCGUAAGCAGCACAGCCACCUCGACAUCUGCUCCUGCAGCGUCGGCUCCCUCGGCUACAGCUCCCACGGGCAACAGAUCUGUCGCUAAGAAGAGCACUGGCGCACGACCGGGCACUCCUCCUCCUGAGCUCCUAGAGAAAAUAAAGCAGGAGAUGAAUGGAUUCAUAAAAAAAGCUCAAAUUCCUCCACUGGAGCGUCGCUUCAGACCUCAUCAGUGUGGCUCUGCGUGCGUGGGCGGUCCAAAGGGCGAGGAACUCCUGAAGAAGAACCGCUACAUCUCCCCUCUUCUCAUCCCCAUUGUGCUAGGAUGGAGGAGACAGCUGGUACGGCAGCGCAAGAAGACCAUCUUGCGACGCAGUGUUUACUACGUGACUCCCUGCUGCCGACGGCUGCGUAACAUUGAUGAGCUCUUCGUGUACCUACGCACGACACAUUCCAAACUGGAGAUCGACUAUUUCUCCUUUGAGCUCAACAUAGACGUCAUCAACGAGUGGGCUCCGAGCAAAGAAUUGUACACCAUACCUGACUUCAGUCAAGGUGUCGAGCCAAUGCCCAUCCAUUGUGUCAAUUCGCUGGACUCUGACCCGCCGUUCCCUCUGGAGUACUGCAAUGUGCGCAUGCCUGCACCAGGCGUUCCUCUCAACCUCGACACUGACUUCCUUGUGUGCUGUUCCUGCACGGACGACUGUCAGGAUAAGUCUCGUUGCGAGUGCUGGCAGCUAACACUCGAGAGCAACAAGAGACUGCCGCCUAAACUUCAGCUCAACGACCCUGGCUACGUGCACAGGCGCCUCUACGAACAAGUCACUUCAGGCAUAUUCGAAUGUAACUCCAGAUGCGCGUGCAAGCACACAUGCCAGAAUCGUGUGGUGCAGAACCCGCUGCGUAUCAAACUUCAGCUCUUCAAAACAGCUCGCAGGGGCUGGGGCGUGCGUACGUUACAUGAGAUGGAGGAUAUGAAAGAAGGCUACGAGGAUGAGGUGGACCACGAUGAAGACGACUUCCCGGAUCGCCAGAAAAAAAAGAAAUCUUCAGACGAAGACGAUUCAGAACCAGAAGGAAGUGACGGUGAGUUGCGCUACCAACGCAACGACAAACACGACGACAACUUCGUCCCUUCAUGUCCCACUCAACGCUCCAACAACGUCACUGAGCGUCUGCCAUCAUCACGCCUCCUCGCCAUCUCUGCCAGGAAGAAAAACACUGAUUCUGGAGGAGAUGAAGACGACCCUGAUGAUCCCGCCCCAGUUGCAUCACCAGAAUCGUCUAGAGCUGCGUCACCAUCAUCUUUAUCUCGACGGCCUUCAGAAGACGACGAUGAUGAUGCUGACGGAAGGCAACGACGACGUCAAAACUUCAGCGCGGUCAUCCCUGAUAACCUGCCAACGUCGCCCACCAAGCAGAGCCAUCGUCAGUACUACGGCGAGGACGAGCAGGUCUACGUCAUAGACGCUAAGCGCGCCGGCAACAUUGGUCGCUUCCUCAAUCACUCGUGUCAGCCGAACGUCUUCGUACAGAACGUGUUUGUGGACAGCCAAGACUUGCGGUUCCCCUACAUGUCAUUCUUCGCGACGUGCAGCAUACGUGCGGGUUGUGAACUAACUUGGGACUACAAUUAUGAAGUGGGAUGCGUGCAGGGCAAAGUCAAAUAUUGUUACUGCGGGGCCAAAAAGUGCAGAGGGCGACUUUUAUAAGCUGCCUCCUCACACUUAUUAUGAUGGUUUUUUUUGUGUGGCCUGUAUGUGGUUCUGAUUAAAGUUUUGUAUGACUAUGUUUACAAAGACCAUCAUAAUUUGUCUGGUUAGAAGUAUGUAAUGUAUGUAAUAAGAAUUGAUCUGAUCUCGUGCCGGUGGAGUUUGUGUGCGACAAGUUUAGUUUAGUUUAGUGUCCAAAUGUUUACU